CCCAGCACAAUACAGGGAGAUAGGGGACGAGCAGUCUAGUCUAGUCUAUGGAUGGAACUUGCAAAAUGGAUGGGACUCUGUGAGGAGCUCUUAGCCCAGACCACGACCAAGACUUCCCGAACGAGCGGCUGAAUCCAAACAAACUUGUUGGCCGCCGCUGUUACCUAACCCGCGCACCACUGAAGAAACGGAUGCCACUGGGAGACCAAAGCCAUCACCACAACAGGAGCACAGCCAGAAAGCAUAACAGAAGCUAGAGGAAUAAAAGCUGAGCCCAUCUGAAGUAAAACGAAAAGGUUCACUUAGCAAGAAAACGCUUUUACUUUACUUUUUCGGGACAGCAAAGAACGUGUGAGCUGAAAUGAGUUAUAUCCUCCGCCAGGGAGCGAAGCUUGGUGAAAGCAUCUCUGUGGUAGCCCAUCGUGGAACAUGCCACUCUCAGCCACUCAACAAAUCAUGGCCCCAUGUAAUAGGCCUUUCUACUGGCCAGCUGAGCCCUGUACGCAAAAUUACCACCACUGCAGGCAAGCAGUCUGUUGGUGCCAUGGGAGUAUUUUUAUUGACUGUUCCCAUUGGUACAUUUUGUCUUGGAACUUGGCAAGUUCAGCGAAGACAGUGGAAGCUUAAUCUUAUAGAGGAAUUAGAUUCUAAAACUAAAGCACAGACAGUUCAAUUUCCAGAAAACCUGGAAGAGCUUGAGGACUUAGAAUAUCGCAGAGUGAAGAUAAAAGGGACAUUUGACCAUAGUCGAGAGGUUCUCCUUGGACCCCGUCCUCUAAUGAUUCGUGGGGACGUUCAGCAGGCAGGGAGUGGUCUCAUAUCUUCAGGCCAGAGUGGGUUCCUCGUCGUCACCCCCUUCAAGCUGCUCGACAGAGACUUAUCUAUACUUGUUAAUCGAGGUUGGGUUCCACGCAAACAGAAGAAUCCCGACAGCCGAGUGGAAGGUCAGGUGGAGGGACCAGUAGAGCUGGAGGCAGUGGUACGCAAAACAGAAAAACGUGCGCCAUUCAUGCCAGAAAAUGCCAAGGGAGCUGUGGUCUUCUUAUACAGAGAUGUCCCAACAAUGUCCCAAAAGCUAGACACUGCCCCAGUCUUCCUGGAUGCAGUGGACACUUUCCCAGGGGGCCCUCAGGGUGGACAGACACGAGUCACCAUGCGCAAUGAACACCUUUCUUACUUGCUGACUUGGUACACCCUGAGCUUAACCACAGCCUACAUGUGGUAUCGACGUUUCAUCAGGGGCAAGCCACUUCUUUAAGACUGGUGCAGAGUCCUUUGUAUUGCUGAGGUGAUACAGAAGAUGCAGUGGAAGAGAAUGUUUCCAUCCUGCACACUGAUAUUAUGAAUUUGGUAAGCUUUAAAAGUUAUUAUUUUGUGUACUAUAUUUUGUAAACAUAUACUUCAUAAUUCACUGUGCAGGUAUAUUUUAUUAGGUGUUGGAUAUUUAUUGAAAAGUUUUGUACAUAUAACAAUGUGUUUUAUCUAUCAGCAAUGUAUAUAUAGUCUAAAUCUAUUGUAUGAUAUGAAAAGUGGAUGUUUUAGUUGUUCAUCUCCUGCAGUUUAUGUGUAUCCACCAAAGCAGAGUUCAGCUGGGUUUAAAGAGCCACUUUUGUAAUUGCAGUGACUGAAAUAUGAAAAUAAAGUUUAAAACUUAUUAACUCUG